AUGCUAAAUUUAGAUAUCUAUGAUUUAGUGUCAGUGAGUAAAUAUGGAGAUGCCUAUCCACACUUAAAUAUGACGUAUAUAAAAUUUUAUGUCUGUAUAUGCCCAAAUCCUAAUACCUGAAAAUAUGUUUCCAAAUAAUUAUUUGAUUCGAAUUAACAGAUUUUUUUUUUUUUUAAAUCUUCAUUAAAGUUGGCCAUUGCAACUUUAAUCUGAAUUUUUAUGCUAAAAGGCUAUCUGUUUGCAUUAUUUUUAAUAAUAAUAAUUAUUAUUAUUAUUAUGAACUCUUCAAAUUGAAUUAGGAAGAAAAUAAGCUAACGUACUUGAGAAAGCUACGUGCAACUUCAAAAAGUGGUGAAAUAGAUGAGACAGACCACAGUCAGAUCAGCAGGUCAGGGUACGAUCAGCCCAAUCAGUAGACAAGCUUGGGCCUAAGUCAACGAUUGGAGUGAAACCUUGGGCCUCGUGACCCAACCUCUUCAAUCCAAUGAUCUUCUUUUAGAAACCAUCACAAUUUUGAAAGUAAUAUUAUUAAAUCCAAAUAAUAUGAGGCCCAUGGUGUAGUUGGACUCUCCAAUUGGAAUUACCAGGAAAAAAACAAAACUAAAAACAAACAAAUGGCCUGCUUCCAAUCUAUAGAGCUAGAAACAAUGAUGUUGCAGAGAUUACAUUUAUAAGUUAAUCUUUAAUUAUUCUUUUAAUUAAGAACUGUAGUAAUACAUUAGACAACAUGUCUGCCACUUGAUUUAGAAUAUAUAUAUAUAGCAUUAGUAUCAAUCCAUAAAACCAAAUUGAUAAUAUAUAUUAUCCCAUGAGGUAUAUUUUUGUUCAAUUAUGUUUAUAUAUAUUCAUUAAAACAAAUGAUAAUAUACAUACUAUCCAUGAGGGAUAUUAUAUAUAUAUAUAUAUAAAUAUAUAAAUAAAGAAGUUUAGUGUCUCUGGUAAAAUUUAAAAAAACAAAAAAAAGCCACGGGUUGCUAAAUAGAUAAUGACGGACUAAUUAUGACUUCAUUCAUAGGAUUCAUUUUGAUUUUAGGCGGCCUUGAAUGGUAUCAACUUUUGUUUGUAAUGAUUUACAACUAACUUUUUAAGAAAAAGAUUUUAACAAGAAGCAUGUUGUGUUAUGGAUAUUUUUAAUUACUGAGGAAUGGUUUGAUCUUCUUUAUUUAUUUAUUAUUAUUUUUUUUUCAAGAUAGAAAAGACAAGUAGUCAAAGAGAGAGACAGGCCAUGUGUUACCAACCUCUCAAGUGUUUGAUAUCUUUGGGACAUCAUAGGAGUGUUGUGAAGUGCUCUACUCUCUCUCUCAUUUAUUAUGUGUGUGUUCCACAGCCCCCCGUGAUCUCUUCUUUAACAUAAUCCGUGAACUUCUUUAUAUAUAUAUAUAUAUCACUCUCACCCAUAACUUUAAUGUAAAUUUUUUUUUUUUUUCUUCUUUCUGUCUUCUUCUCUUCCUUUUAGCGUUUUGGAUUUGAAUUUACAUUAUGACAAACGGUUUAGUACUGGUUGUCAAUUAAUUUAACGGACAAAAACAAAGUUACAAACUUUUGACAAGAGCUGGAAAUGGUAGAUCAACUUUUAAUGAUUGAAUUGGGUAGUGUAAUAUUAAGCGUAUGUUACUCCAUGGAGCGUCUACUGUAUUUUUUUGAAACACAUAAUAUACUUCCAAUAGAAAAUUACUCCUACUAAUUUGUUAUCAAUUAAUGUGACAAUUGUGGAGAUAAAUAUUAUGAGAGGUAGUGUAAUAAUAGAAAUUGGAUUUGGUUUUUGUUAUCAGAUGAUGCGAUUAACAUUGUGAGAAAGAUUGUAUUCUAAUUCUAAAAGUGUACGUUGAAACACAUCGAACCAAACAAAAGACCUGUCAUUGUUUGUACUUGCUUUUGAAUAGAUGAACAUUUCUAGAUGAAGUCCGUUGGCAAGAACUUGUUAAUCAAUGCCUAAUAUAUUUGACAUUUUGAAGACGAGCCAUUGUCCAACUGGUUAACACUAAAAUACAGCUUCAUUAAUGUUGAGAGUUGAGACAGUGACCAAUCUCAAACUGGUCCCACUCACACUCACUCGCUCACUCACACCGUUUACCAAUAUGUCUAAUUGGUCACCCUCUAUACGACACAUUUAGGCUACACAAAUUUCUCAUAGACACCUAGUCAAAAGCGAUGCUAUGUGUUCCUUCUUCGCACGUCUCUACCCCCGGUCUUUACGACACAGACUUUUUUUAUUUUUUAUUUUUAUUUGGACUCAAAUUAUUUGAAUUAAGAGCUAGUUUAAUACAUUUAGCACCAUUAUUCUUGCCUUUUUAUCAUAUGAGAGUUAGUCAUGUGAAUUCUUUUUAUUAAUGUCUUUUUCUAUUCUUUUUUACUUGAUGCCAUUGUGUAUUGUUUACAUUAAAAUUUUAAAGGCGAAGCCAUUUACAAUGCUUACAUUUGCCUUUUUUACUUAUCAAAAAAAAAAAAUUAAAAAUUAUAUAGCUUAAUCUCUUGUUAGUUAAAUAAAUUUGUAAUAUUAAAUUAAUAUAUAGAUGAAGAACCACCCGCUUAAUAAUCUUUUCCUUUUUUGACACAUUUGUGAUUACAUAAAAUGUCUGUCUCCAUAGAUUUAACUUUAAUUGAUCAAACCUGUCUCUUCUAUUUAAUAUAAUAUGAAUAGAGAAGACAAAAGAGUCAAACUUCAAAGGAUAAGAGAGAGAAAAGCAUGGUAAGUAUAUAAUAAUGUAUGACAAUUUAAUACUUUUUUUGGACAUAAGAAUGACCCUUCAACUUACAUCUCAUUCAACAUAUUGCUAAUUCUUGGUGACGGCUGCAAUGACAAGUUAACAACUUCAUGGACAAUGGAGGGUUUAGUACAGUAGAUUGUAUGAUUACAACUCAGCUGGUCCCACACAUCAGAUUACCCGGGAAAAAGACUAUCGGACUGGAAUAUAAUACUACUAUUACAAUCCAAAAAUACAAUAUAUUUUUAUUAAAAAGAGAGAAGGUUUUGUGAAAUAGUCUAGAUUGUAUAAUUCUUAACUUUAUACUUUUCAUUAUAAAUGCCAUUAAAUUUAUUUAAUCCACAAGGAAGUGUUCGUAUAAAAUUUAUUCGAAAAAUAUGAUAAUAAUAGAAGCUUGAAAUUUCAAUAUUCUCUGUAACACGUGUAAACAUGUAUGGAUAAUUAGUUGGUGUUGUCUCUAUUUUAAUAAGUAUGGGUAUUUAAUGCAUUUACAUCAUGUUGUCUCUGAUAUAAUAAAUACGGUAUUUAAUAAAAAUAAAAGUAUCAUAAUAAAUAUAGUUUAUUAUUUUUAUUAAAAUCGGUUUCUAUUACAUAAAUACAGUUUUUUAUUAAAAUAAAAUUCUCAAAUUUAAAAAUAAUAAAUAUAAUUUCUAAUUUUUAUCAAAAUAUUUCUAACAAUCCUCUCACAUCCAGCAUUAGGUAUGUUAACAACUCUUGCACAGAGAAGACAAAAUAAGAAAGAGAUGGCAACAAAAUGGAAAAAAACAAAAAAAAAAACAGAAGGAAAAAAAAAAAAACAGGUGAAAAAUAGUGCGAUCCAGAAAUCUGUUAAAAGGAAAUUCUGAAAUGAAUGAUACUUGUUUUUUACUAUUAGGGUAAAAAUGUCAUUUUAUGGAGAAGAUUAAUUAUACAUAGUACCAAUUAUACAUAGUACCAAAAUGGAAAAAAACAAAAAAAAAAAAAAACAGAAGAAAAAAAAAAAACAGGUGAAAAAUAGUGCGAUCCAGAAAUCUGUUAAAAGGAAAUUCUGAAAUGAAUGUUACUUGUUUUUUACUAUUAGGGUAAAAAUGUCAUUUUAUGGAGAAGAUUAAUUAUACAUAGUACCAAUUAACUAGGAUGAUCUGAAGUAUAAUUUGGUUGGUUUUUUACUAUUAGGAUAAAAAUGUCAUUUUAUGGAGAAGAUUAAUUAUACGUAGUACCAAUUAACUAGGAUGAUCUGAGGUAUAAUUUGGUUGUUUUUUACUACUAGGAUAAAAAUGUCAUUUUCUGGUGAAAACUUGUAUAUCAGCCCUCUUAGGUGUACCCUCAACGAUCAUUACAUACAACAACUCAACUCGAAUUGGAAUACAUAAGCAAACGCGUUUGCCUUUUUUUGGCUUUGUAUUGUUCUUUUCUUCCCUCUCAACCCAUUCAAAUCGUAUAAAUACAGACACCCCUCAAACACACACACUCACCCUCCAAACACACACACACACACUCUACUCUCUCUCUCUCAUGGCCCUCUGCAACUCUGUCCUUCUCAUUCUCUUCUUCUUCUUCUUCUUCUUCACCUCUCUUUCCCUCCAAGAACAAACCCACGAUCAAAAACCCUUUAAGCCACCUUUGAACAACUCACUUUCUCUCUCCUUCCCUCUCACCUCUGUUUCUCUUUCUCCCAACUCCUCUGCAGCUUUACUCUCUUCUCUCGUAUCAUCAUCAACAUCCAAACAAAACCCAAACUCAAAGACCUCAUCAUACAACUACAGAUCAAAGUUCAAGUAUUCAAUGGCUCUGAUCGUUUCUCUCCCCAUAGGGACCCCACCACAGACCCAACAGAUGGUGUUGGACACCGGAAGCCAACUCUCUUGGAUCCAGUGCAACAAGAAGACCCCCAGAAAGCCCCCUCCCACCACGUCGUUUGACCCUUCUCUCUCCUCAUCUUUCUCUGUCCUCCCCUGUAACCAUCCUCUCUGCAAGCCCAGAAUUCCCGAUUUUACCCUCCCAACUUCAUGCGACCAAAACCGUCUCUGUCACUAUUCCUACUUCUACGCAGACGGCACCUUGGCCGAGGGCAAUCUCGUCAGGGAAAAAUUCAUAUUCUCAGUUUCCCAAGUAACCCCUCCUCUGAUCCUUGGUUGUGCUAAGGACUCCAACGAUAAUGAGGGCAUUUUGGGAAUGAAUUUUGGACGGUUGUCAUUUACCACCCAAGCUAAGAUUACAAAAUUCUCUUACUGCGUGCCUCUUCGCCAGAGUCAAGUCAAGGUAACACCAACUGGUACCUUCUAUAUCGGUCGCAAUCCAAAUGACCGUCUAUUUCGGUACGUUGAUCUUUUGGCUUUUCCCCAAAGUCAACGCAUGCCCAAUCUCGAUCCUCUUGCCUACACUGUGGGAAUGGUAGGGAUGAGAAUUGGAGGGAAAAGGUUGAACAUACCGGCGUCGGUUUUCCGGCCAGACGCCGGCGGUGCAGGUCAGACGAUGAUUGAUUCCGGCACGGAGUUCACGUUUCUGGUGGAUGAGGCUUACAAUAAGGUGAGGGCGGAGAUUGUGAGGUUGGUGGGGCCGAGGUUGAAGAAGGGGUACGUGUACGGCGGAGCCAUGGACAUGUGUUUUGAUGGUAAUGCAAUGGUGAUCGGACGGUUGAUAGGCGAUAUGGUGUUGGAGUUUGAGAAGGGUGUUGAGAUUGUGGUUGAUGGAGGGCGGACAUUAGCAGAUGUGGGUGGUGGGGUCCAUUGUUUGGGGUUUGGACGGUCUGAUAUGCUAGGGCUCGCGAGCAACAUAAUUGGGAAUUUUCAUCAGCAAAAUCUUUGGGUGGAAUUUGAUCUGGCCAAUCGGAGAGUAGGGUUUGGAAAGGCUGAUUGUAGCAGAUCACUGUAGUUACAGUAUGGGUCUUUCUUGAUCAGUUACAUCAGGAAUAUACAUACAUAUAUAUAUAUAUAUGUAUGUAUGUAUGUAUGUAUGUAUAUAUGCAUAUAUAUGCAGUUUGAUCAGUUGUAGAGAGAAGCCUAUAGAGCAUCUCUAGUACAUAGUAGUUGAUGGAGGACAUGUAUUAUUUAAUAUAAUAUGAGGGUUUGUUUGUAACACCGAAAAGUCGUGAUCUCUAAGUUGGUUUAAUUAAUUAAUUAGAAGGCCAAUGUAUGUAUUAGUAGUGUGUGACGUAAAGCCAUAAUUAGUUCGUUGAAUUUGCUAAUAUUAGUAUCAUUUUAUAUCAUUCCAUUAAUGAGAUUUGGAUAUAUGCAUAAUGGCACUACGUGUCUGGUGUUAAUUCAAGAAAAUCAUGUGGGUGAUAAAAGUCUUUGAAGAGUCUUAACAAGUGAUCUCAUUUUCAGUAGUCUAUUAUGACCACUAAUUUUAUACCUUGAAAUUAAAUUUAACAUACUUUACGAGUGUUUACAUCAUAUUUUGAUACAUGAUCAUUUUUCAAGUCCUAUAUAUGAUCGGUAUUGGUUAACAAUUUACACUAAUUUUAUCCAAGUUUAAUACAUUAUUACCAUAACCGUGAUCAAUACUACGAACCAUGAUAUAUAUGCAUAAUACAUGACAUAUAUUUGUUAUAUAGAAAUUAUGAAAUGGAUCUGGGUCGUGUUUUAUCAGUCCAACGAAAGUCCUCGUAUUAAAUAAAAAAAAAAAAAAAAAGUGAAUCUAAACUAUAAAUAAAAAUAAAUAAAUAAUUUAAGAUGUAAUUUUAUUGAAGUGGACCGUAAAAUAAGAUAUGAUUUAGAAGUAUGUAAUAAAAAAAAAAAUUACCGUUGUGUAAAAGCGAGGGAGCGAGAAUGUCACAUGCAAAUGUAGUGGGACAUGGACAGCAUAAUGGGGAUUGUUCCGCCGACCUUGGUUGCAACCCAUAUAUUCCCGACAAGUAGAUGAUUAAGGAUAUUGUCAUGGUAACUAAGGAAGUAUUACUACUACACUAAACUACUUUUCUCACCUCGGCACGUGUUAUUCUAUUUGACUCAUCAUUUGACUAUGAUCAUUAGCCUUGUCAAUUUACCUUUUUGAACCACUUACUAGAACUACACACAAUUAAUCCCCUGUUAACUACAUCACACCAUUCUUUCAUCACCAAAGUUUAUCCAAACAAUGAAAUUAGGAUGGGAUUGGUGGGAUUGCAAUACUAUGAAAAAAAAAUUUCAAUUUCAAUUCCAAUGUAAUUAAAUAAGUUUUAAAAAAGUCAAAAUAUUAAAUAAUAAAAGCGGUAUACUAUACAUCAAAAUUAAAUAAGUCAAAAUACAGGGUAAUAUAUAUUAAAUAAUAAAAGCGUAUACUAUACGUGAAAUUUCACAGAAAGGUUAAUGUAAUUAUUUAAAAUAAAAAAUUUAGGUGGGAGGUAAAAUGAAGUGAAGUAUUAAUUAGCAGAUGAAAGAAGAAGAUAAAAAAAAAAAAAAACGUGAACUGAAAAAGGCUUUUCCUUUACUGGAAGGCAUUAACAAUUUGGCUCUUAUCUCGUGUGAAGAAGUCAUGUCAAAUUAUGUUUUUAACUGCACUCUUCUCAUGCCACCCUUAAAAAGUUAGUAGUAAAAACCAAAGUGUUUUUUUUUUUUUUUCACCAAACACAAUAAACCAAAGAUUUUCUAUGGGGGGUGAAAUGGUGAUGAGACGUGCACAAUAACAAACACGAGGUAUGCUAAAAUCAAUUCAUUAUCUAUUGUCUUUUUUCAUUCAACCCUAUCCCAAUCUCUAUCUCUUUAGGAGCCAAAAUGUUUUGAAGAAAUAAAAAUAUUUAAAUUAUCUAUUAUUGAAAUAAUAAGUGUGGAUCCAAUAUCCCAAGUAAUGACAGAUUAGUUACAUUAUACAUCUCAUCAGCCUUAAUAUUGACAAUAUUGCGCUCUAGUUAAGAUUUGUUUGUGACUAUUGAGGGAAGUGACAGAUCCAUCAGAAAGGUACAAGCAUACAAAAUUGAAUUACGUUUAAAAGCUGCCAAAGAACACACUUCAAUCAUUACAUUAAAGUAUGAUGUUAGGAAUGUGUUACAAUCAAUUUGUUUAUAUGGGGUCACAGUU